CACAACAUGUCUGCCGUCGCCAGAACAAGUAGCAGUAGAAGAAGAAAACUACGACGAAGAAGAAGCUGUUACCGCUGUGUGCUGUUUUGAACGAUCAGUAAAAAUAGCAGUGAGAAGCAUCAACUCUGGAAAGAAAAGAUCGACGCCAUUUCAAAGCCAGGGACAAAAGCAAAUAGAAAGUAUUUUCUUUUUUUUUUUGUAUGCUUCCUUCCUGCAGUCGAAGCCUCUUGAAAAAAAACCACCAUUUUAAAUCAAAAAUAACUUCAUUUUCUGGAGAAAUUAAAGGCUGAAGCUAAAAUACAGAUGCUAAUGCUGUUCUGGAAAUUUUUGGCUUAGCAUAUUGAUAUUCUACAUCAUAUUGAUGUAGAAGCUGGAUCUGAUGCCAAUACAUUCAUUUCCGGGAAGCAAAGAGAUUGUUGUUUUUGUUGUUGUGUUUUUUCCAUCACUUAUUAAAACAGGAUAAGAUAAGAAGGUAAUAUGGAGGACGAAGUUUGCUUGGAUUCGCCUUUACAAAACUGUCUGUGUUAUUAUGUGUUUAUACACUGAGUGAAUCGAGUACUGUUACUAGAGGGAAACCUGAGGUCCAGUCAUAUCAAAGUCAGACCUGAAGGAGAGAAACAAACUGCUUCUAGAAAUGAGCGAUUCGGGGAAUCCAGCCAGCAUCCCGAGCUGCUCCGGCUUUAGAAGCGGGCCAGAGCGGACUGGAAGCGCCGAGCAGAGCCGAGUCUGGAGCCUGAGCUCCUCCAGUCAGCGGGGCAGAUUGCCGUCGCUCAGAACCAGGGACCUGACGCUGGGGGGAGCCGUCAGGAAGACAAAGAAGACAUGGGAGCCUAACGUCCACGCUGUGAGAAAACCGAAAGAUGAGCUGCAAGCAGAAAACCCCGUGGCUCCUAAAAAGGAAAAAAGAGAGAGGGAUGCGAAGAGAAAAGAGAGCAGAGGUGGGAGGAAAGCGAGACCUCAGGUCAUCCAGUCCCACUCCAUCUUUGAACAAUGUCCUGGUGUCUCACAUUACAGAACAGGCCGGCAUGGUGCCAGAGGCCUGCAGAGCUCCUCCACAUCUCCUGUUUGCAGACCCGUGAAAAAAGAAGGGAAGAAUUCGACGGAGGAUGAAGAUCAUCUUCUCAGUAAACUGCAGCGAGACGACUUCAUAGUUGAUCCAGAGUUGAGGAAUGACGCCCACCUGAACCCCAUCGCCCUGCCUCUGUAUCAUUCCAGCGGCUUCUCCAGGCGCCCCAGGUCGUCCAUCGCGACACCAGGUCAAGACGACCUCCCAGUCUUAACAGCGCCACACUGUGGUGCUGAUGGAAAAGCAGCCCUCUUGACUGACUGGCAGAAAUCUGAGCAGUUGUCUCUGGUGAAGAUGCUGCAGGAACUCAGUGUUUCAGGAGGAGAAGAGCUGUUCUUCAUGCAGUUUCCAGACUGUCUUCCUGGCAGACACUCUGCACCGAAAGCAGACCUUCAUCAUGGAGGAGCGUCAGGGAAACCUUCAAAGACAGACGCAAAGUCAGCACAGCAAGUAUCCGGCAACAUGGACGGCUCCCUUGUCCUCUCAGAAUUCCCUGAGGGAUUUUUGGGCAAACUACAAAUCAGGAAGUCAGGGAAGGUGGAGCUAAAGCUGGGUGACGUCAUCCUGGACGUGUCAGAAGGAGCUGCCUUUUCCUUCCUGCAGCAACUGGUGUCGGUCCGUCUGUCCGGUGGGAGAACUGGGAACAUGACGGUGUUGGGAAACGUCCGUCACAAGCUGGUUUUGUCCCCCGACUUCCAGUCCUUGUUGAGGCAGGCGGCUGCACAGCAGCCAUGAGGCUCACGUCUGCAGACUGUGAAUUACUGGACUAUUGGACUAAUAUGACAGUUCAACAUUUGUUACUGAAAAAGCAUUCUGUUUUCAUAAAGAUGACUUAUUUUUCUACUUUCACUGUGAGAAAUCUUUAAACCUAGUAAAUCUAAAAAAUCUUUGAUGAUGUUUUUGAGACUAAUAAACAAGAUUCAUUCUGAGCUUCAGGUGAGUUCUGAAUAUUCCCUCUACAAUUAGAUCCACCAAUUACACCGGGGUUGUCACUCAUUUAUAUUUUGAGCCAAAUCAAGCUUUCAAAUAUCUGCAAAGUGGCAGAAUGUAUUCAUAAAACACAUUUUAACUGCUAAAAUUUUAACAAACAGAUGCAUUCUAUGAGCACUUCUUAAAAUUAAAUAACAUUGAAUCAUAUUUUCAUAUUGAUGUAAUUUGGCAUUACUCAAAGAAAAACAGCCCAAAAUGAUAACAUUUUUAAGCACACAACUAUUAUCUUUAGAGCUGCACUGUGUAACUUUUACAAAAACUAUAUAUUUUUGGCAUAUUUGUUGACCAUGUCAUGACAGUAUUAUAUAAUCUGUGAAUAGCUCCAUCUCCUCUGCCUUCUCUGUGCUGAGCCAGGAGGCGGGUUUUAGCGCUGUCAAUCAACUUUGUGUACUCCCUGUUCAAUGUGCUAAUGGUGAAGAAACAAUUUACCGCUACAGGAAAUCCAUGCAUCUGCCGUCAUUGGUGGCCAUGCUAACUAGCCUUAGCAUUCACAGCAGGCUCUCCUACCAGGAAGAAGCUGUACCGUAGCAGUAGCAGCACAAGCAUGAUUGACAGCGCUAAGACCCGCCUCUUUGUUCUAAUUGGUCGUUUCUUGUUAGCGCUGGAAGAAGGCAGAGGAGCUUGAUUGUUGACAGAUUAUCUGUCUCAUACCAUACUGUC